AGGUCGGCUGACAUUGCCCUGGUGGCCGGCGGCAACCGGAAGCGCUGGAUCAUCGCCACGGAGAACAUGGAGCAGGGGGACGUCAUCAUGAACUCUUCUCACAUCGGCAGGAUGGCAGGGGUCUUCUCUCUUCCAGUGUUGGCCAAGGAAGGGGAUGCCUACCCGCUGGGGGCUCUGCCUGUGGGUACGCUGAUCUGCAACCUGGAGAGCCACCCCGGGAAGGGAGCGCAGUACAUCCGGGCAGCCGGGACUUGUGGAGUGCUGCUGAGGAAGGUGAAUGGGACGGCCAUCGUACAGCUGCCCUCCAAGAGGCACAUGCAGGUGCUGGAGACCUGUGUGGCCACAGUGGGCCGUGUGUCCAACGUUGACCACAACAAGCGGGUGAUCGGGAAGGCAGGCCGGAACCGCUGGCUGGGCAAACGCCCGCACACAGGCUUGUGGCAUCGCAAGGGUGGCUGGGCUGGGCGCAAGAUCAAGCCUCUCCCACCCAUGAAAAGCUACGUAAACCUGCCGCGGGUCACAGCACAGGAGUGA